CAAUAUCGCGCUUCCCGAGCACAGCGACUCGUAUUUCCCACUCGACAGUUGGCCGGAUUGCAGUCGAUCUAUUAGCCCGCUCCGUUUACCAAUUAAGGAAAAAGAUUCAAAAUGUCUGAGGCCACCAAUGGACACAGUGAGGUGCCAGCCAGUAAUCUUCCACCUUGGCUGUCGAAAAUCACUCUGGAGAAGGCGGUUCAGGCCCAGAUCGGAGACUUUGAGAAGAUCAUCUCGAUUAGCCCACAAAAGGGCAGCAGCGAUGGCGAUAACUACUCCACACAGUUCCUUCGUUUGCUGGUGGAAGUGGAGCUGCUUGACCACAGCACAAAGGAUCUUUCCUUCGUUCUGAAGGCGCAGCACAACAACGAAAUGAUGGCUGCUAUUCUGGCCAGGUUGAAGCUCUUCCAAAAAGAGGAUCAAAUGUACCAUAGCAUUCUGCCCAAAUUCGAGAAGCUCUACGCGGAUGCCGGCAAACCCAUUCAGUUCGCCCCCAAAGCCUUCAAGUUGGAUCGCGACCUCGGAGUGGACUACAUUCUGCUGGAGGAUCUGCAUCGCAAGAACUUCAAGAAUGCCAAUCGCCUGGCCGGCCUCGAUCUCGAUCACAUGCACAAGGUUCUCGAGAAACUGGCCGCCUUCCAUGCUGCAUCCGCCUGCUACGUGGAGCACCAUGGUCUUUUUGGCGAGGAGUUCACCGUGGGCGUUUUCAGCGAGGCUAAUCGUCAGCUUCUUCAGGAGUUCAAUGCCUCCGGCGCAUUUUUGGCCCAGCUCAAGAAGUGGAAGAAUGCGCAGAAAAUUUAUGAGAAGUUGGCUGAUAGCGACGAUUACUUGGUGGAUCGUCUGCUGCAGGAUCAGCAAUACAAUGCCAGAGAAUUCAACGUGCUCAACCACGGAGAUUGCUGGGCCAAUAAUGUGAUGUUCCAACACGAUGCAUUUGGAACUAUUAAGGAGACACUUUUCGUGGACUUUCAAGUGGGAAAGUACGGAAGUCCGGCCAAUGAUCUGUACUACUUGAUAUUGUCGUCGGCUGCUCCAGAGCUGAAGACUGCCAAGUUUGACUACUUGGUGCGCUACUAUUUCGAUAAUCUUAUCGAGAAUCUAAAGCUACUGCAAUACCACCGACCACUGCCCAAGCUGAAGAACCUGCAUGCUUCGCUUUUCCGCAACGGAUUGGCUGCCUAUAUGGUGGUAUCCAAGGUGCUGCCUGUCGUCAUGCUGGACAAGACCAGCGAUGCCAAUCUGGAAAGCUACAUAAGCGACGAGUCCAAAAUGAAGAACGCCAUGUUCACCAACCCAAAGUAUGUCCAGGUGAUGACCGAGGUGCUGCCAUGGUUGGACAAUCGCGGUCUGCUCGACUGGAAGUGAUUACCUUUCAAAUGCUGUGGAGUAAUGAUGGAUUUGUACUUUAAUAAUGACUAUUUAAUUGAGUCAUUUACAAAUUGCGUUGAAAGUCAAAUAAAAUGAUAAUAAUAUUCUAAAUGAA